CCGCGUGCCGUCCGAAGCCAGGGGAUACAAAGCCCCCCCGCUCGGACGCUGUCCUGCGUCGCUCCCCUCUCUCAAGCCCGCCAUGGCCACACCAAGGGGGACGCAGGGCUCCCGCAUGCAAGUGAAGACGAACUCCUUCAAGAUCGACUUCCAGAGGGCCCCGCGCGAUUAUUUCCAUUAUGAUGCAUUCGAAAUUAUGGACGAGGUGCAACGCGCAUACCCGCGGGAAUUUAAUCCUCGUGCUGUGUACGAUGGUCGCGCCAACCUGUUUUCGCGGAAUGACAUCCCCAACGGGGAGUACGAAGCACGAAUGUCCAGGACACCUGGAAAGGGUAUAUUCAAGGUGAAACUUACGAGGGUGUCUACGAUACAGCCCCAGACUAUACAGCGCCUCAUGGCUAAAGGCGGCGCCCAACAAGGGGAGAACACGAUGGCGCUCAAUCUCCUACAAAUGGUUGUCCGUCAGGCCACGAACAUGCGCCACGGCUUUGCAUUGGACGCCCGCGCGUUCUUCGUAGAGCGCGGCUCGAAGGACAUGUCGAUGGGCCUACAGGCAUGGCAUGGAUACUUUCAGAGUGUCCGCCCCGUGCUCGGAAAUCUGCUCAUCAACGUUGAUGUAGCCAAUUCCCUCGUCUACCGGCCCGGGGAGCUGACUGCUCUGGCCUUAGGCUUUCUCAACUUCAGAAACAUCCGAGACCUUGAGCAGAUAACGCUCCCCAACCUCAAUCGGCUCAAAAGUUUUCUCAAGAACGUCAACGCGAAGAGAGGACGUCCCAUCAAGGACCUCGUCAUCAAUGCUGGUGCAUACCAGUUCGAGAAAGACGGUGUCAUGACCACGGUCAGAGAACACUACCGUCAAACGCAUAACAUCAAUUUACAUCACCCCACAAUAUUCGGUGUUCGCAUCGGGCGGGACAAUAUCUUCCCGGCAGAGCUUUGCCAGGUUCUACCUGGUCAAUUGUAUCGAAAGAAGAUCCCUGCGGAGAUAGGUGCCGAUUUUCUGAAGUUUGCGACACAGAGGCCAGAUGCGCGCCUUCAGGCGAUCCAGGAUGCUGUAUCGGGAAAGGAACAAGUAUUCGACUAUCAAUCGUCUGACUUCGUAACCGAGGCAGGCAUGUCGGUAAACCCGUCCGCACUCACAAUAAAUGGACGACUUCUCAGUGUACCUCGCAUUCAAUAUGGCAACGGUGUAGAGAAUAUACAAGUCAAACGCGGAGCCUGGAACGUCGUGAGGAAGGCAUUCCUCACUCCAGGCAGUAUCCUGGCCUGGGGCGUCGCUGUCUUCGACAACAGGGCCCAGCCAGCCAGGGUCAAUGACUUCGUCAGCAAGCUCAGACGGAACCUACAGGCGCUAGACGUCUUGCGUGACCCGGUCAUCAUGCCGGCCAACCCUCUCCAAGCAUUGCAAGAACUUGAUACGCUCGGCCAACGCACGACGGUCCCCGGAACAGCACAGACUAAGCCCAUCCUGCCCGCAAUCAUCCUCGCGUUCCUCCCGACCAACGCGCCGGAAGUGCGGCGCGCGGUCAAGCAUUGGGGCGAUGUCAGGCGCGGCAUCCCGACGCAGUGUGUCCGCGCGGGCAAGUGGGAGCCGGCGAAAGAUCAAUACCUCAAUAAUGUGGCACUUAAGAUCAACGCGAAGAUCGGCGGCGUCAACUCGAGGGUGGAUGGGUCGAGGCCACUUGUACCAGAGGCUACGAUGGUUAUAGGCAUGGACGUCGGCCAUCCCGGCCCCGGUGUGACUACCCGACCCUCCAUCACGAGUCUGGUCGCCUCGGUGAACUGGGAUUGCACCCAGUACGUCGCCCUCUGUGGGGUCCAGCCGCCGCGCGUGGAGAUGAUCUCCAAUCUCUACAAGAUGCUUACGGAUGCGCUGACCCAGUUUGCUAUUCGCUGGGAGGGGCGAUACCCAAAGACAAUGGUCUUCUUCCGGGAUGGCGUCUCGGAAGGCGAGUACGAGCAAGUCUCGGAGAAGGAGAUUGAAGAGAUCAAGAGGACUCUCAAGGACAUGCCUCAGAUCGGCCCGGAUGGCAGGCCUCUUGCGUCGGGCGCGAAGGCAUAUUCGCCUAGUGCGCUGCCGAAGAUUACGUUUAUUGUGGUUGGUAAACGGCACCACAUCCGUUUCUUCCCGCGUAACCGAGAGGAGGCUGACAAUUCGGGGAACUGUCUGCCUGGUUUCGUCGUCGAUGAGGAGAUCACGAACGCAAAAUAUCCGGACUUUUACCUACAGUCGCACAGCGGCAUUCAAGGCACGAGUCGACCUAGCCAUUACAUCGUGUUGUGCAAUGACAUCGGCUUGCCACCUGACAUCUAUCAACGUCUUUCGUUCGAUCUUUGCCAUGUCUACGCGAGCGCGACACGCUCUGUGUCCAUCCCAGCACCGCGAGUCUGCUCGCGCGCCGAGAACCACUUCCCAGACGAAAUGCGUUUCGGGGACUCGGACACGGCGAGCACUGCAGGCGGCAGCAGGGCGGAGUUCGAUCUCAACCCUUGGGCGGACAAGUUCAAGCCCGCGAUGCUCAACAUGUCGCGGCAGAUGUACUAUCUGUAGGGCUGGCUGUCGCCUGCUGUACAGAGCAUCGGUAUGGUUCAUUGUCCUGGUGGUGCGUUGUGAUGUCUUGUCUAGGAAAGAAGUCUUUCAGCGGUGUACGAUACCUGUCGCGCGGUCUUGCUCGGUGUUCCUUCGGCGAAGCUCUUCCUGCGGAAAUCCGCUGUACUUGUACGACACUCCCUGCCUCCUGUAGCGUCUAUCCUGUCUGGCGCCUCUCGCCGUCUGUCUCUCUACCCGACGUAUGCUUUCUCGAACCUGUUUUGAAAUCUGUGGCGACACCUUGUACGAUACAAACCCCUCCGGCGACAUCGGCGUGUAGACUCGUCUCAGCAGCUCCAAAUUUGUGAAAACAUAGAUAGUAUUCUGUAUCCGUUUCAAGUAUGUCCGAAUGGAAUGUAUCCCAGCCGAAUCUGGCAGCUGCACGUCGUC